GGGGCGGGGUCAGAGUGCAGUGGCCGGAUGCUGCUGCGGGGGGCGCGGGGGCUGGCGGGGGCGCGCCGGGGGCCCCCGAACAGCCCCGGAGGGUCCCCCGGCAGCGGCCCCCGGGGGCGCUCGGACACCGCAGGCGAGGCCGGCGGCACCUCGGACCCUGCGGGAGGGGACAGCAGCACGGCCACCCCCGGUGGUGACAGCGGGGACCCUGCGGGAGGGGACAGCAGCACGGCCACCCCCGGUGGUGACAGCGGGGACCCUGCGGGAGGGGACAGCAGCACGGCCACCCCCGGUGGUGACAGCGGGGACCCUGCGGGAGGGGACAGCAGCACGGCCACCCCCGGUGGUGACAGCGGGGACCCUGCUGCAGCCCCCCCGGUGCCACCACCGCCCACGCACUGCUGCGGCACCGGCUGCCCCAACUGCGUGUGGGUGGGGUACGUGGAGGAGCUGCUGCAGCGGCACCGGGACGGCGGAGCCCAGGCCCUGGCGGCCGUGGAGCAGCACGUGGAGGACGAGAACAUCAAAAUGAUCCUCAGGAUGGAGAUCAGGCUGCGGGCCAGGAAGGACUGAGCCUCCCCCGGCCCCCCAGACUGGUGGGGACACCACUGGAGUGGCAGGAUCCGGACCUGGAGCAUUUGUAGUGUUUGUUGUGUGCUGAGCUCGGGAUCCGGGGGUGUCAGGCCAGGCCGGGUCACCUCCCGUGUCAGAGGGAGCUGUCCUUGGGGACAGGCUGGGCUCAGGCCUGUCCUGAGCCCUGGAUUUCCCGGGAGCUUGAUGCUGUGCUCUCCUCAGCACGGCAAAUCCCUGCCAAGGGCAGACUGGGGCUACCCCCCAGCCCUCCUCCUCCUCCUGUGCUCCCAGCUGGAAUUUAAGCACCUCGGGGGGAUUUUCAGCACCUUGGCCGUGCCCUGGUGAUGGGGAGGGCUCAGGGGCAGCGUGUGUCACCCAGCACGUGGGAAGCAGCAGCCUCCUGUCAAGGAUGCUGGCCCUGUCCCUGUCACAUCCUGCCAGGCUGCUCUCCAAGGUGCCUUUUCUGCCUCCACCUUAAAUCCCCAUAAACUUGUCCCAAAUCCCCCCACUCCAUCCUGGGGGACUCGCAGCCACUGAGACCCACACAGACCCCCCACAUCAUCCUGGGACAAGGUCCCCAAGAAGCCACUGAGCCCUCGAGUGUCACUCAUUAAUGAACCCCAAUUAACAGCCAGGCUCUGCUCUCUGCCAGGGAAGUAGGUGGUUCUCCAUGGAAAGCACUCCUGGAUCCCUUUGAUCCUAUUUGUUGGAGCCCAACUAAUUGCAAUUAGUGGCAGGGACUGAAGUUCAAUUAAAGUGUGCCGAGAUUA